AUGUCUGAAGAAAAAUCAAUGGGCCAUGCCUAUAGAAACACAGAAGAAGGUAGCUUUGGCGUGCUGAACUUUCGAGAUUUAGGUGUCUCCUCUGCUGAUAAUGCCGAGAAAAAAAAGUAUGUCAAAGAAGGACUAGUUUUCAGAUCUGCUACAUUGGACAAUAUGAGCCAGGAGGAUGUGGAUGCUUUUAUUAAAGCUCAUAAUAUCAAUACCAUUCUUGACUUGCGUACAGGUAUGGAAGGAAGAGAGGGCCUGCCUAUUGACAAGAGCUUUCCCACAAGCGCUCUGGAUAGUUUGGACGCCUCGACCUUGGUAGACGACGAUGUCUCUAUAAAGGCACAGACCUCUGAGAAUUUCGAUACAACAGGACAUGGCACGCUGAUUAGAAAAAAGUACAGAGUGGAUUUUGCAGGAAAGAACUUUCAAAGAUAUUGCGUCUUUGCAUCUUGUUCUUUCCAUUUGAAACUAUACAUCAUCUAUCUGAUGGCAUUUUGUCAGCGCAAGAAAGCAGCAUACAUUAUUGGGCAAAAGGUGUUGACACCCAUGGGCGUGAAUAAGAUGUACAGAGAGUUUGCCACCUACUGUAAAGCAGAAAUUCGAGAGGCUUUGAUGGUGUUUGCCGAUCCUCAAAACUAUCCCAUUGAAAUUCACUGCACUCAAGGCAAAGACAGAACUGGUAUGGUAUCCGCAUUGAUCCUCUCUAUUGCUGGAGUGCCUGAAGAUAUUAUUGUCAACGACUAUGCCAAGACACAAAAGGCUUUAGCACCUAUCUAUGACGAAAUGCUUGAAGAAGUGCGAAGGUCUGGAUUAUCCGAAGACUUUGCUCAAGCACCGCCUCAAAAUAUGAGAGAUUUAUUAAGCUUUUUGAACAAGGAGUAUGGAUCCAUUGAGAAUUAUUUGGAUGCUAUUGGUUUUGGUAAAGAGCUUCGCGACAGAGUUAGAAGUGUAAUUUGUGUUUGA